GCCCAAGCCACAUAAAAUAGAGCUCACAGUAAUAUCUGGUACAAGCUAAGCAGAGAAAUCUCUGCAAAAGACCCAUCCACAGAGAACAAGCCACUUCUCUGCUUUCUGAAUUUUCCAAAUGUGCCUGUAGGACCCUGUGACUGCUGCUUACUCAUACACCACAAUAGAACCCACUGCUCUGUGAUCUGCUGUGAAGAACUGUAUUCAAGGCUUUUUAAUGUUUAGAAAUAUGAUGGGGAAUAUAGAUUUGAUCCUCCUAUCUACCUUCCUCUCGGUUUCCAUGACAUCUGAAAUAUUUGAUCCUAUGGAAGGUGAGGCUUUAGUUAUAAAAUGUCCCAAAUGGAAUUCAUCUGUGAAAAUCACCUGGUAUCGCAUGGAUACUCACCAAAUAAUUCCUGCGGAAGAGGAGGGAUCACGAGUAUUUUCCGUAGAACAUUAUCUUUGGUUUCUGCCAAUUUCUAGAGAGGAUUCUGGAAACUACACUUGUGUAACACAUUUUAAUCGCACAAAGUCAUACAACAUGAGUGUGCAAGUGCGCUCAUACAAGCCAGGAGAAUGCUUCCCAAGUCGGAUUCAUUACGCGAAUGACACUGGAAGAGGAAAAAUUGCUUGUCCUACCAUUGAUAACUAUAAGAAUGCUACUAUUGUCCAGUGGUAUAAGGAGUGCAAACCUCUUCAGGGACAGAGAUACUUCACAAAAGAAAAUUAUCUCUUUAUUGAGAAUCCAAGAACAGAGGAUGAUGGUUAUUAUACUUGUAAAUUUAUUUAUACCCAUAAAGGAAAUGUGUUUAAUGUAUCAGCAACAAGAAUUUUCAUCAGUGAGGUGAAAUACUCACUUCUACCACCUCAAAUCAUAUUUCCAAAGAAUAAAGAUGUAGUAGAAGCAGAGCUUGGUGCUGCUUUGUCUCUGAAAUGUCAGGCCCGCCUGGGGAUUAAGAAACAGCCACUGUCUGCUGUCAGAUGGGAUGUGGAUAACAUCCCAGUGGAAAACCUUGAUUUUUCGAGAUUUCAUGAAGAAACUCAUUUUUUUGAUGGACAUGAUCAAGUAUACUAUGAGGAGACCACUUUGAAUAUUACUGAAGUAAAAAAGGAGGAUCUGCAGUCAAAUUUCACAUGUAUUGCCCUGAACACAAUGUACAACACAAGAGUCACGGUGACCUUACAACUCAAAGAGCAAUCUGAGGAGGUUCUUCCUAAUGUCCUCCUGAUCACAGGAUCUCUGGUUCUGCUAGGUGCGAUAGCAAUCUCAGUUAUCCUUUACCAGUCUUUCCGAGUUGAUAUCGUCCUCUUGUAUCGGGAGAUAUUCCAGCCUUACUCAGUCAAGGAUGAUGGGAAGAUAUAUGAUGCAUAUGUAAUCUACCCCAAAACCCACACCAGUGAAGCUAAUUUUGUGGAAUAUUUUGUUUACCAAAUCAUGCCAGAUAUUCUAGAAAAUAAAUGUGGAUAUAAACUGUGUAUUUAUGGGAGAGAUAUAUAUCCUGGAGAAGAUGCAGCCAGUGCGAUUGAGAAGAGGAUGCAGAAGAGCAGACGGUUGAUCAUCCUAAUAACACACCAGCUGAUUAAUUCUAAAGAAGAUGCUUAUGAUCAACACAUUGCUUUAUACAACGCCCUCAUUCAAAAUGACACAAAGGUGAUCCUUCUCGAAAUGGAGACAAUUGGGACUUAUGAGAAGCUUCAGGAAUCUCUUAGGUUUAUUAUUAAGCAUCAAGGUAGCAUCAAAUGGAAAGAGGAGCACACGGUGCACCCACAGUCACCCAAUUCUAAGUUCUGGAAGCAGGUGAGGUACCAUAUGCCACUGACACGCAGGCCCUCACACUCAGCUAACACCAGGUGAACAGUCUUGGAAAACAGUGAUGCACCAUCACUACAAGCCCACAGCUGUUUUUCCUUUCAGAAGGUACAUGACUGCGCAGUCUGGAGGUCUGGCUCUGUUUUUUGGACAUUUUUGAGUCCUUCAGUUGAGUAGCGAUGGGGUAAAUUGAUGCAAGAGGUCUAGCAACAUUUUAUAGGUAUGAGAGAUCUGUAAAGAAAUAAUUCUAGAUUGUGUGGAGAAUUUUGCAUGCCACAGAAAGCCAAACAUACCUGUACUCUUUCUAUACAUAGUUAUAUAUUUAUCUAUAUCUAUAUAUAAUAUAUAUAACAGAAAGUUAUGAUUGUGAAUAACUGAAUGCCUUGCAGGUUUACUUCAUCUUCCUAAAGCAGUUGAUAAAAUAUAAAUGCCUUUUGUAUUAUUUGACUAGAAAGUAUAAUGUGUAUUUUGCAACUAUAAAGUAUUUUUAAAGAAAGCUUUUGUUAACUUUUUUUCUGACACUUAUUCCUUUUUGAUUUAAUAGUGAUACUGACAAGAUGAAAUUUUAUUUUUCCUUAGUGGAAAAAUACUAAAUAAAUAAAAAUACCCUCACUAAAGGGUCUUUUGAGACUGAUGUGAAUAUAGCAGUAAAAAAAAUGCAGUGUUAAGGGAAAUAAAUACAUUGAUAUAUCUACAUGUCUAUAUCUAUAUAUAAAUAUAACAUGAAUUGUUACAGGAAAUAAAUGAAUUGAUAUAUACAUACAUAUAUACAUACAAAACAUGCAUUUUUAAUGCACGAAUACAUGUAAAGGUAUUUUAUAUACACUUUAAAAUAUUUUAUAUAUCUAUUAAAAUGAAUCUCACACAAAGGGGAAUUUUUAAAUCUUUCAGGUACAGUAAUCAUGGUGUUACUGUAAUUAUUAUCUCCAGAUAGAAAUAACAUAUUAAAAUUUAGGAUCUUCUUUUGAUACACUGACAUAAUUUCUUUAAGCUACUGAAAAAAUAGACUGUUUUUUUAUAACAGGAAUUAUCCACCUUUUUCUAUGCUUUGGCCUCAUAUGUAGUUAUAGUUUCUGAUAGGAAAUAACCUUAGAUAUAAAGGCCAGAGCCAAAUCUCCUCCUAGUUCUGGGGAACAGGAACAAGAUGUAUUCUAGUACAGGUAUCCCUGCAAAUUUUAAUCUUUUUGGAUUUUCGAACCCAGAAAAUUCUUACUGUCAGAGAAGGCUUAGUUUUCAGCUUCAGACUUGCUACAGAAUGGACUUAAAAAGUGAAAAUUGGAUGCAGAACACUUACUGUUCCAGGAUGCAAACAGGCAAGUUCUUUCCUUUUAAUAUAAGUUUUUAUUGAAUAUGGAUCAUCAGACUUACAGAUAGCUAUUUGGAGUAGAAAAAAUGUGCAUAAAAUGUAUGUAUAGAUAUUUCUCAGCAUUCAAUUAAAAGAUCUAUGGCAAACCAGACAGUUUUUCACCAAUGAGUUGUAUUUUCAAGUGUUCAUUCACUUGUUGCUCACUUCACCACAACUAUAAAGCAUCAAAUGUUGCAUUUUUUUAUUACCUCAUUUGAUUGUGUGCAGUGUUGGGACCUGUUCCAAAAGACACCUCUGGAUAGACCUUACUGCCUCUACAGAGGCCCCAUAAAAUGGAUUCAUGCCAGUGUGAGACUUGGUUUAUUCCUACAGUACCAUUUCUUCCCACAGAGAGCAUACUAAGGCAUAUGUAAAAGCAGGAAAGCAUGUUGCUAUAAGCAAUGAAGAUUCUUCACAUAAGCUACUGAGCAAGACAGAACACUUACUUCCAAGAUCACAGGAUAAGUUUUUAAUAGAGUUAGAAUUAACAUAGAAAUAAAUAGAAUAAAUAGAAAUAGGUAAACAUAGAAAUAAUAACAUAGGAAUGAACAUAGAAAGCUUAUUGAAGAUUCAGUUUGGAUACUUUAAGCUUAGACUAAGGAGCACCAAGGAAAUUCUGUUGCUGAAUUAUAUUGUCCGCAAAGAGUUUUAAUGUUUUUUUGUUUCUGCCCUGUGCUUCUGUAGUUUUGUUGCCUCAAGGGACUAUGGAGAGCAGAUUUGCUUUCACUUCUUAAUAGAGCAGAGUCAUCCUGCCCUCUCGUGGAUGAACAGGCACUCAGAGAUUCUGACCAGCCAGGAAUCCUUUAGGGUUGAGAUUUGUUGUUCCUACAGCUCACAUGGUUGUGAAGCCCAAGAACCUGACCACUUAAAGGAAGUUUUUAGAAGUUUUCAUGAUUUUUUUAUAGCAAUCUAUCUUUUGUCAUAUAUGCAACAUCAAGAUCUUACAGCACUGGACAA